CAUGUCCAGUUGGAUAGCAGACCUACAUUAACCACCACAGAUGGAAAUCAGAACAUCACAGAAGUAGAUGCACUUGACAUAAGGCAAACACUUGAUCCUGCAGUGCAAUACAAAAUGAACCAUCAAAGAAGAGGAAUUGCACUAAUCUUCAAUCAUGAGCACUUUUUCUGGCAUUUAAGGCUGCCAGACAGACGUGGGACUUUUGCAGACAGAAACAAUCUGGAACGCAGUUUGACAGACCUUGGAUUUGAAGUCAGAAUUUUUGAUGAUCUGAAAGCAAAUGAUGUGCUGCAGAAAAUUUCUCAAGCCUCAAAGGAUGACCACAGUAAUGCUGACUGCUUUGUUUGCGUGUUCCUGAGUCAUGGAGAGAAUGAUCAUGUUUAUGCACACGAUGCCCAAAUCAAAAUUGAGACCAUCACAGACAUGUUCAGAGGAGACAAAUGCCAGAGUCUGGUAGGAAAACCAAAGAUAUUUAUCAUUCAGGCAUGUCGAGGUGAUAAACAUGAUGAUCCAGUUAUUGUUCCGGAUUCAGCAGACGGCAGCAAUGAAUCCAGUGUCAAUGAGACUGAAGUGGAUGCAGCCGGUGUCUACACCCUGCCUGCUGGUGCAGACUUUAUCAUGUGCUACUCUGUGGCGCAAGGUUACUAUUCUCAUCGUGAAACUGUGAACGGCUCCUGGUACAUUCAAGAUUUGUGUGAGGCACUUAGGAAGCACGGCUCUUCCUUGGAGUUCACAGAACUUCUUACUGUUGUUAACAGGAAAGUAUCUCAUCGCAAAGUGGAUAUGUGCAGAGACAUUAAUGCUAUAGGAAAAAAGCAGAUUCCUUGUUUUGCUUCCAUGUUAACUAAAAAGUUGUAUUUUCAUCCAAAAUCUAAGUAG